CGCUCAGCCAGAAGCGACGUGACCAUGGCUUUUCGCGCAUUUUGUCUUGAUUUUGCUUUUCUCAGCGGCUGAGCGCACGCGUGCCACAGGCGUAUUCUGCACGCUUCGAAUCCUACUCAAUCAGCGCUUCCCUCAAAGCCGCCGUCCUCGGCCUCUUCAUGUUCAACCAGGGCCAACCCCAGUCAUCCUUCCCUGAAUACUUCUCCGAGGAUGUCGGAAUCAGACUCGGAGCUUGUUCUCUUUGCUAAGGCAGUCUCCAGACUUUUGGGAUGGAGCUACGUUCUGUGCUGGUCCUUGUCCUUCUAUCCGCAACCGAUCCUAAACUGGAGACGAAAAAGCACCCAAGGACUUGCUAUCGACUUCCCUACCUGUAACGUCCUCGGCUUCGUAGCCUAUUCCAUCUCGACCGGCGCGUUCCUGUACUCCCCAGCUAUUCGAUCACAGUAUGCGUAUAGACAUUCCGCGUCGCCAGAACCUACUGUUCGAUUCAACGACUUCCUUUUUGCAGCCCACGGCGCGGUGCUGUGCAUCAUAAUCUACAGCCAAUUCUACACGUGGAUUUGGGGUUUCAAUGUCGGUGCUAGACAAAAAGCAAGUAGGGUCGUCCUCGGCAUCUUCUGGGGCUCUAUCCUUGGUAUACUGGUUGUUAUAUUCAUCGUGCGCACAAGAGGCAAAAAUGCAGGAUACGACCCUUCAAGCUGGGCGUGGCUGGACGUGAUAUAUGCUUUGGGCUAUGUCAAGCUCAUAGUGACUGUCAUCAAAUACAUACCCCAGGUGUUCGUUAACUACAAACGGAAAUCGACAGUCGGCUGGAGCAUCGGGCAGAUUCUCCUCGACUUCGCAGGCGGGGUUCUCAGCAUCGCGCAGCUUGUCAUCGACUCGUCUCUUCAAAACGACUGGAGUGGGCUUACAGGAAACCCUGUGAAAUUUGGAUUGGGAAAUAUCUCCAUCGCCUUUGACAUCAUCUUUAUCUGCCAGCACUUUAUCUUUUACCGAACCUCCGCCAAGGAUAUAGAGGAGGAAGAAUGGCCAAACGAGAGGCAGGGUCUCUUAGCACCGCGCAUAUACUAAUCUUUCAUAAGUCUUAUCAUCUAAUGCGGAACAUGCUAGGGUGAUCCAGGACAGAACUUUGCAUCCUUUCAACUGUCUCCCUGUCUCCCUGAUUAUGGCAGGAGGGAUAACAUUUAGACUCUCCGCUGGUCCUGUUCCCUGUUCUGCGAUAGCACGGCGGCUGGUUACUCAAUCAGGACAGCCUCCUCAACUACUUCUCGAAGACAUGCACGUUUCCGCUAUUGGAUGGACAAGUUGGGAAAGGAUCAAACGACACACAGGGCGGGAUGUUGGGUCGAGACAGCGUACUCCAUGCAUUGCUUGCAUAAAGCGAGUCAACGUCCUUGCGACACAGUCAGGGAGCAGCCAAGUCAAUAUAUUUUAGGUUUCUGGCAGGCGUUGGAGUUGUGAGCCGUAAGUUUGAAUAAGGACAAGGACAUGCCGAUCAUGUUCAUUCUGUU